UGUUCUUUUUUUUCAAUCUGACCACAGAACCUGUUAGCUCACUGUUUGCUUCCUCUUAGAGCACACACAAACGCACACACACACCCACACACAAACGCAUCACACCACACAAUUGAUAGGGAGGCAGAUACAGGCAGAAGUAUCUUGAUGUUAGAGUUGCAUUAGAUAAGUUGUCAGGGGAAACUCUGUCCCGGUUGAACUGCCGCGCAACAAACCAUUUGGAGUCAUUUGAAGAUGUGCCUUCAAUGAGAAGGAGUAGACUUCAACUUUGGGGAUUUUCCUGGCAUAGCUGGAGGACACAAGGUGCCUGUUGGGCUAGUCAUGGAGGAGCAGGCCAUGGUACUCAGGCGCCUCCUGGUUCAUCUGGAGAACAAGGUGGCACAAGAGGAUUCGGAGGACGGACUUGCUGAGGAGUUCUCGAGGUUGAAAAUGCAGUCCAUCCAGUACCGCAAUGACAACACCUUCCCGAGCAAGGCGGCUGUGAUUAAGGACAACUUCAAGAAGAACCGAUACAAGGACAUUGUUCCCUUCGAUCACACAAGAGUAAAACUCUCUCUGAAAACCAGCAAAAAUGAUGAAGACUACAUCAACGCUAGCUUCAUCAAGGGAGUCUCGGACUCCAGGGCAUACAUUGCUACUCAAGGUCCUCUUCCUCAUACGGUGCUGGACUUCUUGAGGAUGAUCUGGGAGUACAAAGUAGAGGUCGUCGUGAUGGCCUGUCGGGAGUUUGAGAUGGGGAGGAAAAAGUGUGAGCGCUACUGGCCAGAGACGCAAGCAGAACAGUUUGUCUGUGGGCCUUUCACAAUUGACUGUGGUGACGAGGAAAAUAAAGGGGACUAUCAGGCAAGAAAACUAAGGAUUACCUUUCAAAAUUGUAGUCGGGCGCUGCAUCAGCUGCACUACUACAACUGGCCUGACCACGGCGUGCCCGACUCCAUCCCCCCCAUCCUGGAGAUGCUGCUGGAGAUGCGGAUAUGCCAGGAUCACGAUGACGUACCCAUCGUCAUUCACUGCAGUGCUGGCUGUGGGCGAACAGGAGUGCUGUGUGUCAUCGAUUACACCUGGAACCUUUUGAAGAGACAGACGCUCCCGCCAGACUUCAGCAUCUACGAUCUCGUCCAACACAUGCGCACGCAGAGGCCCUCUGUGGUUCAGACUAAGGAGCAAUAUGAGCUGGUCUACAGAACAGUCAAGUUCCUGUUUGAGAGAUAUUUGCAGUCGUUCGAUUCAACAGCCUGUCAAAACAAGGUGCAGCCAGCCCCUUUCCCCAGCCCAGCCAACGAGAAAUCAGACCUGAGCCAAGAGUCAGAAUCUGACUUAAAGCCAGCCUCACGGUGUCUGCUGGAUCCAGAGCCACAGGAUACAAGGUUGACGCUAAUGGAGGAGCAGGUGCUUGGACCCGCUCAGCUCGGGCCUUCAGCACAGGAGAGGGUUUCAGCACAUCCCAGCAGAGACGACUACCACUGGGAAGGAGAAGAAGAACAACAACAACAACAACCCCAACCACCCCACCACCAACGACAUCCACCACCACUUGAACUGUUACAGAGAACCCCUGAGGUUGUGACCCCGGCCCAGGUGCAAGACCACGUGGGCCACGGCCUGGGACUUAUAAGCAGAGCAAGAGAGGAAGAGAGGCAUGAGCCAGAGGACAGCGAACCGCCACCCAAACCCACCAUGCUUCGCCUGGCCACCACCUGCCUGACGGUGGAGGACCCCUACUUUGGAAGCCCGAACAGAACCUCAUUUCUGGCAGAAGCACCUGAGUAUUUGAUGGAAGACUUGGUCAGCUGCCACGCCCCGACUUUAGCCCUGAACGACCUCGACCUCCCCUGCUCCGCAGGUCAUUCGUUGCAGGUCAUCAUCCCCCCAAAUGCUGCUGCUCUGGCCAUAAGUGAAAUGGGAGGCACAGGGAGCCCCCCCUCACCUGUCCCCCCACUCCCAGAACGAACCCCAGAAUCCUAUGAGUUGGCCCAUGAUGAAGGUAGGUGGGAACACACUGUGGCCAUGACGCCAUCCUCCAAGACAUUGCUCAAAGCACCCCAGUAUAAAAAUAUAUCAAUAAUAUAUAUUGAAAUCGUAAUGAAUGAUGCAUUGAAUGUAAAUAUGAAAGCUAUGGUUCGUCUUUCAGCCCUCCUUGAGCAGUUUACCUCCGGCCGCCCGGUAGGUCAGAACAGAGUGGGCUUGUCCUCAGAGUGGUCCUGUGAUUCAUUGAGGCCCCCUGCCACUCAACAUGAGGUCAAAUCCUGGACCAGGAGCAAGAGCCUAAAAGUAUCAAUGUCUUCCCCUGCUGCCCGGUCCAAUAUGAGUUCUAGCCACCUUCCUCCUCCUCCUCCUCCUCCUCCUUCUGCACCAAUACAACCAGAGUUGGAUCCCCUUCUACAAGUGGGCAUGAACCCGCCUCUUCCUCAAAGAACUCCAGAGUCCUUCAUCUUGGCCACUGAGGAAGUGGAUGAAGACCCCGGCUCCCUGCUGCAGGUGUCCGACCCGGGCCCGCGGAUAGGAAUCUCCUCCGAGUGGGCAGGCAGCGCUCAGCCCAAGAAGUUCCUGGAUUUCGUUUUCAUGACCAGGAGCAAGAGUGUUCGUGCAAAGAGUUCAAGACAAGAACCCUUGGCUGUAGUUCGGCAGCUGGCUCCUCCCUCUGUGGUGUUCAGCGGAGCGGGAAGUGGAGUGGAGCAGCAUGUUCACUUUGUGAGCACUGAGACCUCAGAGAAUAAAGCAGUACACACCGACAAUGGGAAGGUCAUGCCUAGAACCAGGAGUUUGAAAUUCUUCAGAUCCAGAGGUAAAUCUAAACCUGCAGCUCCACCUGCACCGUUGCAGCCCGGACACACACCUCCUUCCACGAACGGGACCUCCAGCUCCGGGUUUAAAUUUGGAUUUGGGAACCGUUUCGCGAAGCCCAAGGGGCCGAGGAGUUACCCUGAACCCUGGAUUUGAACCCCGGACCUCUCUCGCCUGCUCUUUCUUUUCUAAAACUCUGGUUAAACCCCCCAUCCUGGAGAUUGGGAUCCUAUUUCAUCAACAGAAUGGAUAAUUAAUGAUAGUGUCUACCUCAGGGGUCAGCAACCUUUUCAACAUGCAGUGCCAGUUUGACAUUUUCUCGUUAAUGAGUUUGCCUUAAGCAACAAUAUAUUAAAUAUUAAGCUGAAUUAUGACAAAGCAACCGAAAACAUUUCCAGAAGCCCUGGAAUUGUAUUAUUUCCUGCAUCAACAUAAAAAAAAAAAAAUUAUGUUUGCAACAUGGGCUUACAAAGUAUAAUUGCAUAUGUCCAAUCUUAAAACACCACUUUCAGAAACUCAUUCAAAAACAUAUUUGCACUGUGAGAAAUGUAAAAAAAAAAGAAUAUAUGAGAAUGGUGGAACCAUCCACAUCAAUAUCUUAUAUGUACAGCUUUGCAAAACCAUGUGAAGGCGAUGCAUAAAGGCUGCAACAAUAUUUUAAAUAUUUUUCUUGUCUAUUACUCACGACAUAGGUUUAAAAACUAUAAAUUUAUCCCAUUUCAGAAUACUGCUUUCAGCAACUCAUUUAAACAUAUUUGCACUGGGAGGAAAUGCCAAAAACAGAAUAAAGUGCAAAAAAACACGGUAGUAAUGAUUAUGCUGCCGCAUUGUGCAUCCACAUUUGUCAACACAAAUGUUGUCAAACACCUUUUUUUUUUUUUUUGUGAUGAUUAUGCUGCAACGUGCCAGUGGUGGCACGCGUGCCUAGGGUUGCCGACCCCUGGUCUACCUCCUUUGUUCAUUAAGGUUUUACAAAACAAACCCCUUUACUCUCAGGAACAAAUGGCUACACAUCCAUGAUCUGUAAUGGAAAGUUAGUCGAUCAAGUGAACAUGUUUUUGGUUUACAUUGAUGUGUGUAUGCCAUUUUGUUCAUAUUUAUAGUUGACAAACUGCAUUUUGCUGUUGAUCUUUAAACAAAAGCAAAUAAUUUUAUUGUUUUAAUUGCAAAUAUUCAAGUGGCAAUAGCUUUAUUAAUUCCAUUCAGCAAUUUAUUUAUUGUUCGACGACACUGUACAGUUGAAUUUAAUACAAUGCCUGCACAAAAUAAUUUAUUUAAUGUAUACAAAUAAUUGGAAUUCCCAGUGUCUUUUUAUUUUCUAUCUUUCCAUAAAAGGUCUCAAUACUUCUACAACACCAAUAUUUCUGUUAAGACGCCAACGACAAACAAAGAAACAAGGCAGACGAGACCGUACAUCCGUCUCAUAAAAACGCUUCGGGUGUAGUUCCAGCAGGUUGGCAAAGUAAAGGCUACAUCGUUUUAGUAAAACGUCUGCUUAAUAGCUCCACCCAGUGGUAUAACCAAUAGCUGCAAUGAGCUCUUACUGAAAAGGUAGAUGGAAUAUAUACUAGUGUGGUGACCCACAAGUACGAUUAAGAGACAUUCACCAAGGGAAUGUACCUUUAAGGGAGUAUCAGUUCCGGUUUAACCUGGUUUUGACCUCACUCUCGGUUGAGGUGAAGUUUUAUAUUGAAGUGGAGAGUAAAGCUGACUGGACGCAUCUCCGUCUCUUGUUUCCUCAUUUAUUGCACUCAACAAUUGAUGGCCCCCCGAUGGACGCCGCCAAUGGCACACCUAUUUGUACCUAUGGCACGAGGUAUGUUGAAGUGUGUUUCAGCGGGCGCCAUUUCGGCUGGGACUUUGUCAUGGCCGCCGUGUCUACGCCACUCCUGGGGGCAGAUUUCCUCUGCUCUUACAGACUGUUGGUGGAUGUUACAAUGUGCCGCCCGACGCUCUCUCUUUUGCUUCGUACCCCUGACCGCUGGGAGGGGUGGGGGCGCUUUGUCUGUCGAACACGUUUGCCACCGGGGACCUGUAUCAACGCCUGCUUGCUGUGUUUCCUGACAUCACCACGCCCACGUUUUCAUCGGCAGUGGCUAAACAUGGCGUGGAGCACUACAUCACAACUCGCGGUUGGCCAGUGCGACGUC